UUCGCUAACGAUACAAGCACAACGAGAGCGGCUGCCAAUUCGAAAUUAUCGCGAUCAAAUACUGUAUUGUUUGGAGAACUAUCAAACGCUAGUGCUUGUCGGAGAAACGGGAAGCGGUAAAUCCACUCAAGUUCCACAGAUGCUGAUCAUGUCUUUCAAAGAAAUGAUUUGAAAUAAAAAAAAAACGAAACCGAAGAGAUAUUAGUACAAAUCCAGAAGUACAAUCCACUAUUUCCAAAGAAGAUUUAAUUCAUUUGGACACAAGACUACUAUAAUACUAAGAAAGUAAAAGAAAAAAAUUUAAAAAAAAAAGAAAAACUAAAGGAAAAUGGUCGGUCCGAGCUCCUACAUUUCAAAGAUAUUGCUCUCGCUAUUAUUCGUACUGAUGGGAUGGUAUAUUUUCAUGGAUAUUAAUUUAUAUCUUCGCAUUCAAAAUUAUCCGAUAGACCGUAGCUUUCAUUCGACAAACACUACAAUCAUAGAAGAAACGACAAUCAAUCAUGCCAGUACAAUUGGAAGCAUUCCAUUUUCAACAAUCGAAUCAAGCACUCCGUAUGAAUCCGUAUCAUGGAUAUCGUGUGACAUAAAUCCAUUGUGCCAUGUUACCGUAAAAGCUCUGCUACUCGACCACACCAAUCACUAUUUAUUCGCUCCGAUGGCAACCAUUUUCGAUAACAUUGUCAAAUGUUCGCAGUCCAACUGGAUAACGCCGAAUAUGAUCUCGUUUUUCCAUGUGUUCGUUGCGAUACUGGCCGCAAAGUUGAUAGCAUCCGAUAGUCUGGGCUAUAGACGUGUCGGCGUAGUUCUGUUCCAAAUUCGCACUUUUCUGGAUGACUUAGACGGUCAUGUCGCCAGACAAAAGAAACAUAUACGCGGCGAACGAUCAGAAAUCGGGACGACAGGCUACUACAUCGAUGGACUGUGUGAUGGUCUGGGUUGCAUAGCAUUGAUGAUAGGCAUUUUUGUGCAAUUGAAAAAUAAUCCACCACGUCGUGGCUACACCCAACUGCAAGCUAUUCUACCCGUUUCGGAUACGAAAAAUCCAGAAUCGGGUGUUGUGUACAAAGUGAAAGUUACCACCAAAAAAGUAGCUCGUAAAGUUCUAUGUUUCUCCGGUCAAUUGCUGUUAAGCUCGACCGCUUGGAAUCGAUACAUUGCCAUCUAUCAAGACAUAUUGGAGCGCAACGAUUUGCUACCGAGUCAGUACAUCAAGCAAAUGUUUGUGUUCAAAUCGAAUUGGUUUCUGAUUGGCGUUGCCUGGCUGUGGCGCAUCGUAAACGUUCAUUCGAUGCUGCACUGCAUUCUGCUAAGCAUUUUUUGCGACAAAUUGUGGGAAUUUUUGCGUCUGAUUCAAUAUUCCGGCUUUAUCAUUCUGUUGGUGUGCAUUUGUGUAACGGAAAUGCAUGUGCUGGACGUUCAAAAUUUUAUAUUCCAAUCGUUGACCGGUAAUAAUACAUCGUUGUAGUGUUAAACGACAAUCGAUUGGUUGUCAAAAUAUUCAAGUUAGAUCGAAUGAACGAAAUGGAAAAAUCGCAUUUAAAGUCAAAAAAAAAGUAAACUAAAUUUCUGAUGAACAUGUGCCUGCUGAAUUGCCGUCUUAACGCGAGAAGUCAUAAAAAGAACUAAGUCUUAUUUUAAAUUGUAAAUGAAUUAUUUGUUAAGCUG